AUGGAUAGGGAUAAGCUCAUGAAGAUGGCUGGCGCUGUUCGCACUGGUGGAAAGGGCAGCAUGCGCAGGAAGAAGAAGGCAGUUCACAAAACAACAACAACAGAUGACAAAAGGCUUCAGAGUACUUUAAAGAGAAUUGGGGUGAAUGUGAUCCCUGCUAUAGAAGAAGUGAAUAUUUUCAAAGAUGAUCUUGUUAUCCAAUUUUUGAAUCCCAAAGUGCAAGCUUCCAUUGCAGCCAAUACAUGGGUUGUCAGCGGUUCUCCACAGACUAGAAAACUUCAGGAUCUGCUUCCAGGGAUCAUCAAUCAACUAGGUCCUGAUAACUUAGACAAUCUGAGGCGGCUUGCUGAACAGUUCCAGAAGCAGGCACCACCAGCUGCUGGUGUCAACACUGUGGACAAUGACGAUGAUGAUGUCCCUGAACUUGUGGCAGGAGAGACAUUUGAAGCAGCUGCCGAUGAAACUAAAGCCAAUGAGGCCCCAGCUUCAUAAAGGUUACAAAGUCUAGAUUUCUUUUUUUUUUCCUAAUCUUAAGCUAUCAUUAGUCUCUCUGUUUUCUUUUCUGCGACUUGUUGAGGAAAGCAGCCGUUUUGUGUUGUAAUGGAAGGACCGCGGUUAGUCCCUUUGGCCGUGCCAGUAGGAGAUUCACCUGUUUCCUGGAUUGAGUUGAUGAAUUACUGAAGGAUCUAUUUUUAAUUUUAUAUAAUCGAGCCAUUUCAACCUGA